AAGCACUUAUGCAGCGUAGGGCUGUUUUGUUGUUAUCGUGGCAUUUUUGUAAGUAAAGGCGCUGAUGUUUAUUUAACAACGUUGAAGUGAUAAAGAUAAAAUGUCUGAGUCCUCUAAAUCAAAAUCUUCUUUAAAUUUAAAUCCGUCACCUACUUUACAGUGCAAAGAUCUUCAUGAAUAUCUAAAAAGUCGUUCAGCACAGUUUUUAGAGACUUUAUAUAAUUAUCCUACGAUAUGUCUUGCUGUUUACCGAGAGUUGCCGGAGCUGGCCCGACACUUUGUGAUCAGACUGCUGUUUGUGGAGCAACCGGUACCACAGGCUGUCGUCACAUCAUGGGUGUCACAGACAUUUGCCAAGGAACAAGCCAAAGCUUGUGAGGCGUUAUCAGAGCUGUCAGUAUGGCAGGAGGCUCCUAUACCAGGAGGCAUGCCAGGCUGGAUGCUGGCACAGUCUUUCAAGAAGAAUCUCAAAGUUGCAUUACUUGGAGGUGGACGUGCCUGGAGCAUGUCGUCAUCAUUAGAGCCAGAUGGAAAGGCUCGGGAUGUGGCUUUCCUUGAUGCAUACGCUUUGGAGAGGUGGGAGUGUGUGCUGCACUACAUGGUGGGCAGCGCACAGACCGAGGGGAUCAGUGCUGAUGCUGUUAGGAUACUGCUGCAUGCUGGACUCAUGACCAGAGACGCAGAGGAUGGAUCAGCUGUUAUCACUCGCGCUGGAUUCCAGUUUUUACUCUUGAGCACAGCUAAACAAGUGUGGCUAUUUCUACAACAUUAUUUACAUACAGCAGAGAAACGGAGUUUGAGUGCAGCAGAGUGCCUCGCUUUCUUAUAUCAGCUCAGCUUUAGUACACUUGGCAAGGACUACAGCACUGAAGGAAUGAGUAACAACAUGCUGGUAUUCUUACAGCAUUUGAGAGAGUUUGGACUUGUUUAUCAGAGGAAGCGCAAAGCCGGUCGGUUCUACCCAACUCGUCUAGCACUGAACAUAGCGCAGGUUCGGGGAGUGGGCGCUACGCCGCUGGCUGCGCCGGCGCAGGCGCGCGGGUACAUCGUCGUGGAGACCAACUACAGGGUGUACGCCUACACACAGACCAACCUACAAGUCGCACUGCUGGGGUUAUUUACUGAGCUUAUGUACAGGUUUCCCAAUUUAGUGGUGGGGGUACUCACGCGGGAGUCAGUGCGGCAGGCGUUGCGCGGAGGUAUCACCGCCGAGCAAAUCAUACACUACCUCGAACAACACUCACAUCCACAGAUGUUAAAGUCAGAGACCGGCGGCAUCAGGACGACCUCAAUGCUCCCCCCCACGGUGGUGGACCAGAUCAAGUUGUGGGAGACGGAGCGGAACAGGUUCACCUACACCGAGGGAGUGGUCUACAACCAGUUCCUUUCACAGGCUGAUUUCGUGGUACUCCGCGACUACGCGAAGCAGCAGGGUGUAUUGACGUGGCAGAACGAGCGCUCCCGUACUAUGGUCGUCACCCGGCACGGACACGAUGACGUCAAGAAGUUCUGGAAACGAUACUCCAAGAGCUCCUAGACAUGCAUCAUAGAUACCUUGGGAAACAAAUGUACCUAACAGUCGCUUGACUGCGAACAUAAAAAAACAAAUUGUUGUACUUUUGGCAUGUGUAGUGUAUUACAAAAGUCCUGGUACAACUACAAAACAAGGUUUAGAUGUUGCCAACUGGCUGAAGUUAGUUAGGCAUCUAAUAAAAACUAAAUAUGCAUUAAACAAAUCGACAAUAAGUAAUUAAUAAACAUUGUGAAGUGAAUAAAUGUACUUGGUUCAUUCACAGAUUACAUGGGAUGAAAUAUUGCAAUAUCUUGAUUUUUUGUUGAUCGAAUUAGAAUGUGACUGCCUAUGUAUAUUUAUAUAUCCAAUUAGAACUUUUUCCUUAUUCUCACUCCCUUGAAGUCGUAUCCAAUUUGUUCUAGGACAAAAACUCAGAAUAUUUAUUUCAAAUAAACCUAUAGAAGGCCCUUUCCAACGACAAUAAAAAUAAAUAUAAAGUGUUAUUCCAUUGAAAGUCAAACAAAACAAAUACUUGGAUAUGGUGUGUCUGUUGGUCAGUCCUCUCUAUCCAAAGUGUAGAUUCCUAUUAAGCAGAUGGAGCAAGAAACUCUACAAUUAGUGUCAUCUUGCGCUUUUGUAAUUAUUUCGAAAUGUGAUCUAAUAGAUUAGAUAGUAAUGUUGUAAUGAAUGGAGUAUGGACGUUACUGUGAUGAGAUUUAUUAUUUUUAUUUGUAUAGAUCUCAUUGUAUGCGUGAAUAGGUCGGAUUUUAGCGCUGUGCGUUGUAUUCUACCUAAAUUUUGUAAAUAAACUUUUGUACAUUAAAACUUGAUUUUUUAUUUCUUAACGUUUAAAAUAACCUAGA